AAAGUUAAAACAAGCAAAAUAAUCAAAGGAAACAAUUUUUUAAAAAGCAAGUACGAAACAAUCUAAGUUACAACAAAAAAAGUACGAAACAAUCUAGGCACAAAACAAGAAAAAAAAAAAAAAGAUAUUUAGUGCAAAAACGAGAGGGAAAACUGCAAAAACGAGAUUGGUAAUGAAAAACUACGUGAUCAUGAGUGUCAACCAAACUGCAAUAACAGGAUGUUAUGUUCUAUUUUCUUUUACACAUAAAUUUUCAUUACCAAUCAACAGCAAUACAGAUUUUACCCUCGCAACAAAAAAAAAAACUUGAAAAUACGAAGAGGAGGAAAAUUACUUUAUUACCAGAUUGAUUAGGAGAACUAAAUGAUCAAAAACGUAAAGCAAAAAAACAUAUACAAUCUCUAACAAUCAAUUAAUGACAGGAUGUAAUGUUUAAUUUGUUUUCACAAAUUACACAUUAAAUUUUCAUUAUCAAUCAAAUAAUAUAGAAUUUUCCUCCUAAAUAUUUUGAAAGUUUUUUUCUUAAAAAAAUGUUUUGACAAAAAAAUCAGUUUAUGAGUUAGGAGUAAAGAGAAGAUCAUACCUUGCAAAAAUCAGUGUCAGAUGGAGAAAAACGACGGUAAUGACGACGUCAAUGACUUGGCGAGACGAAAUGGAUAGAUCCAAUUUUAUUAGCGAUCCAGUAUUGGCAACCUACGCAUGAAAUUUUAUCAUCACGUUUUUGACAAUAAUAGAAAAAAUCAGACAGUAGUUCAAAAAAAAAAAAAGUAAGAAUCAGACUUUGAAAGGCUCACCUCGUCUACCUGAAAAUGGAAUCCACUGCUUCGCAUAGGAACCCAACCCACCGAAUCUAGAAGAAAGCAGAGCAGGCCUAGCAUACACGAGUACCCGUCUGUAACGAAAUCGAGACUUAAUCCACCACCACCUCACACAACAAAACCGGAACCGGACCUCAAGCGGGAGACCACCAGACCACUUAACUAGAACAUCUCUCACUCACACAGGAGAGUUUACGCGACAAGUCGUUUCUUCGUUCUCUCUCUCUAACGUGUUCUCUCGUUGUGGUUGUUGUUGGACUAUUGCCUUAUGUGCACCAAACUAUAUAUAGAAACUGAUUCGUGCAAUACUACCAAUUUCCCUUUCUUUUCUUUUUUAUUUAUUUAUUAAAAUAAAAUAAAUAGUAAUUCAAAUAUCAAAUAUACCCGUUGCCUCACACAACCCAAUAACUACUAACUGUUGGACCAAGAUAAUUUAUUGUUUUUUAUUUUAUUUUUGAAACACUUCAAUAUAAAACAAAAAUGUUGGUAUAUCUAUAUUUUUAAAACUGAAAUAUAUUUUGAUAUUGUUUGGAAACAUGAAUUACAGUAUAAAAAAUAAUUAUUUGAAAACAUGAAAAGCGGUAUAAAAAAAGUACAUUGUCUUUUUAGUAAUUUUAUUAAUAUAAUUACAUUAAUUAUAUUUUCAUAUCUCAUUCAGUUUAAUACUUUUAUUAAUUAUAUACUUUAACAAUACAUCACAUCCUUAAUUAUAUUACCAUAAUCAUAUUAGUGUAGAUUUUUAUUUAUCAGUUAACCAACAUUAACUUUGUGCAAAUUAUAAAAUCAAAAAUGUAAAAUACCUGAGUUUUGCAUAUGGUUAAACGUUCGGUUUAGUUUGUUUUACUAAAUUGUUUUUUAAUUUUAGUUUCAAUCGGUGAAAAAUUACGUAGCCAAAAACAUAAUUCAAAGACAUGUUAUAAUAACUUAAAUCAAAAUAAUAAAAAUGUAUUGGAUUUAUUGUCACUUAAUUUUUCACUUCAUAUAAUUAUAUUACUAAAGAAAAAACUCUUUUUAUUUCACUUAAUUUAGCCAAAUACAUAGAAAGAGUCAUUUUUAUUAGUUUAUAAAAUCAGUUAGGCAUGAACAUUGACAAUCUAUUUAGGUACAAGUUGUUUUUUUUGGUAUCAUUUUUUUGUUUUGAAAUAGGUCCACUUAAAUAUUAUAAAUUUAUGUGUGAGUUUUGAGUUGGGGACUUGGGUCCUUUUAAUUCUGGAUAAGUUCGGUUUUGAUGUUAUAGAAACCUAAAAAUAUCUAAAUAACAAAUGUAUCUAAAACGGGUUCAGAUAUUUGUACCAAAAAUAAUUAUAUUACUCGAUUCGGUCCAGAUCGUUUGAAUACAAUUAGUUAUAUUAUAUCAUCUAAAAUAUAUAACACUAACUAUGAAAAACAAAUAUCAAUAUAUAAAAAUGUAAUAAUUAAUUUUCGUGAAACCGUGUGGGUCAAUCUGUGGUUGUCGUUAAAUUCCUUUUUUGAAUAUGGGCCAAACUAAGUUCAGUCCAAUUCUCUUUAAGGUCCAACUCUAUGUCCAGCUCCCAAUCCUGUACAAAGAAGAAACAUUAAGUUAUUUCCAAUAUAAAUGUAUUUUAAAUUUUAUGAAACAUAUUUUAUUAACACCAAAUAAUAUAAUAGAACCAUUAUAAAUGUCGAAUUAAAAAAAUAAUUGAUUUCGAAUUUCAAUAUUAAAUAAUGUGGAAUUUAAAAAAAUAAUUAAUGUUGAUUUUUAAAAAUUAAUUAAUAUACAUACACCAAAUUAAGUAUUUUCUUAAUUUUUUUUAAAAAAUAUCUCUAAAUAGAAAAAUAUUAAUAAAAGUUUGUAUUAAUAACUUGAUAAAUUAAUUAUAAUCUCAAAAUUAUUACUUUACAGGAUUUUAACAUAAAAACAGUUACGUAGCGUGUUGACAUAAUUCGUACUAACGAUAUUUUAUAGAAUAUAAGUCAUGGAGUUGCUCUUAGAACGCUACUCAAAAAAUUUAUAUAUCUCAUAUACACAUAUUAAGUAAACCUUAAUAAUAUAUUAAGUAAAAAUUAAUACAUUACCUAAAAAUUAAUAAAAUAUUAAGUACAAAUUAAUGAUAUAUUUAUAAAUAUAGUGACUCAUAUGUAUAUCUCAUAUACACAUAUUAAGAAACAAAUCACUGUUUUAUUAUAAUUAUUACUUACAAAGUAAACAAUUUUCUAAGAAUCUCAGCUAUAGUAUUUUAAGAAAUUUAUUUUUUCUAAAUAAAUAAUUCUUAAAAUUGAAGAUUUGAUACCAUUAAAUAGUCAAGAAUGCAUACAAAUCUAAAAUUACUAUUUUUAUAAGGUUAAAUCUCUCUCUCUCUCUCUGUCUAUAUAUAUAUAUAUAUAAGAUGUUUGUCCAUAAAGUCAUAUUCUUAUAAAUAAACUCAAAAUAUUUCUAAAGUUUAAACUAAUAUUAAUUUAAUAAAAUUAUUAAUUUUCACUAAUAUAUCGUAAAGUAAUGACUCUAAAUAAAUACAAUUGUAUAAAAAACAAGUACAUUUAUCUAUAGAAAGAGAAGAAAAAUCCGUUAAAAAUUAUUUUUUAGAAACGAAAAAAAUUAUUUUUAAAAUGAAAGAGUAUUAUACUAGAUUUUGAACCGCAAGGAAUACAAAAUUUUGCGAGAAAAAGAGAUCACCCACUAGUAUAUAUAUGUGUAUUUUGGUAAAGAAGAUUUCAUCAUCUCAGAAAUUAGAAACGUGUAGAGAUAAAAAUCCACCACAAUCUAUAUCGCCUCUACAGCCAAUCUUUAAAAACCCUUACUUAUUAUUCUCCUCUCCUCUUUGAUUCGAUGUUUACGUUCAUGGAUGCAGCCAGACUGAAACCUGCUCUUUCCACCAACCCACCAAACGAAGUUGAUCGGCUAAGCAGUUUGCCAGAUUGCUUGAUAUUCCAAAUAUUCUUAAAUCUUCCGACCAAAGAUGUGGUUCAGACUAGUGCGUUGUCCACCAGAUGGAAAACUCUCUGGAAAGACGUACAUGGUCUGGAUUUGGACACCGAGGAUUUCAAUACACACGAAACAUUCGUGAGUUUUGUCGAUAACUUUCUUGAACGCAACCGUGGUUCGUCCAUACAUCUGUUUAAGGUAAUGUACGAUUCUUCUUAUAAGCCUGAUCUUGUCAAUCGCUGGGUCGACACUGCUGUUAGGCUUAAAGUUGAACAUCUCGAUGUUUCGGACGAUUUAUCUGCUCAGGAUAUCAUGAUGAAUCCAACAGUUUACACUUGUAGUAGCUUGGUGUCCCUAAGGAUCGUGGGAAUGAUCUUACCUAGUCCCGAGCGUGUUUCAUUACCUUCUCUCAAAGAUAUUGUUUUAAUCGUCGUUGAGUAUACCAAUCCAUGGGCAUUAGAGAAGUUAAUCUCACAAUGCCCAGUUCUUGAAAACGUUAGUAUUGAUAGAAUUUACGGUGAUGGAAUGCCCAUUUUACGUGUGCGUUCCCAGUCUCUAUUGAGCUUCAUGCAUUAUUGGGAUAAGAAUGAUGAUUAUGAGAAAGAUCGUAUAGUUGAAAUUGAUGCUCCCAUGCUUAAGUGUCUGAGGAUCAGUGAUGGUGGAACUGCGAGUUUCAUUAUAAAGAAUCAGCCUUCCCUUGUAGAAGCUGAUAUAGAUACUGUGUUUAGUUUGACAACUGAAAGGUUGCUACAAGUUGCAAAUGAAAUACAAAAGAGAGAUAUGGUUCGUGAUUUUCUCAUUGGGAUCUCUCAGGUGAAAGAUCUGACCAUCGCCUCCUCUACUCUCGAGGUACCUAUAUUUCUUGAUUUCCAAUUUUAAACCAAUUAUAUAUUUCUCUCCGUUCAAAAUGUAUGUUUUUGAAUUUUCACAUAUAUUAAAAACAUCUUAAAUUUUAACUUUAAAUAUUAUUUUUUGUUAUUAGCUAUUUCUCACAACUUUUAAUCAAUCAAAAUUCAAUAAACAAAAUUAUAUUUCUUCAAAAUUUACAAUGUAUUCUUAUUUAACUAACAGAAAAUACACUGAAAGUUGUACAAAACAAAUACCGGUAGUUGUACAAAAAAAGUAUAUUUCUCUAAAAAAUAAGUAUAUUUCUCAAAAAAUAAUAAGUUUUUGAAACAUUAUUUUUUAAAACAUGGAUCAACUCAAAAGAAUGCUAGUUAAUUAUUCUCCAACUAUCGAUGUAAUACUUCAUUUAUUAACACUAAUACCUUUUUUUGUUGAUGUUGUUCUUGUAGGUCAUAUAUGAUUACACAAAAUAUGUACAACUACCGGUAUUUCGUAACCUAUAUACCUUGUGUGUCAGGUUCAACAGCUACAUGUGGGAGAUGUUGCCAGUCUUUCUUGAAGUCUGUCCAAAUCUAAGAACUCUUGUCGUGGUGAGGAUUAUCUAACCAACUCAUGAACUUGUGAGUAAAUUAUUCUUAAACUUGUGUCUCGGUUGUAUUGUACAUGCAGGGAACUACUGAAAAUCCCAAGAUGGUGGACCUUACUGUUAUUGCCAGGCCUUGGAAUCUGUUAUCAUCUCUAGAGCAUGUUGACAUAGAAAGGCCAUUGAAAGGUAAGGCGUUGGAGAUGGCACUAGUGGGUUACUUACUCGAGAACUCACCAAACCUCAAGAAACUAUCAUUAAGUUUGCAUGAUUCCCUAAAGAAAGGAAAAUCUGUCCACAAGCUAACAUUAAGCUUGGAUGAUGCCCCAAAGAAAGAAGAAUCUGACGUCUUCAUAGAACUCCUUAAGUUUCCGAGACUCUCUAGCUCAUGCCAAAUUAUUGUACGAUGAUCCUCAUAGUCAUCACCAAUGGACAUAUAAGUUUGUCUUUGAUAACUAUUUGUUGCUUCUUAGUUUAUUAUGACAUUGUAGUGUUGAAGUUUGUAUGAUAAUUAUAGUAUUUAUCAUAUUUAUGACUCAAAUAAGUAUUUGAUUUAUCGUUGGCUAAAGGCAUAUAUGCUUUGGAAUUUGUUUAGAUGGUUUUGUGCUUCCUUCUUUUGUCUUGCAUGGCUAUAUAUAAUUUUUUUUGUAUUAAACAAACCAAUUGGUACCAAUAUGAUAAACAAUUGUUUUAAAAACCACAAAAAACAUUUCUGGAAGCACAUUUUUACCUCCAAAAAUCACCUUUUUAUUAGACGGAGUAAUAUCUCAUCAAGCUUCUGAUUACAUUUCAAUUCAUUAAGAAUAAGAAAAUGAAAAAAAACAAGAAAAAAAUAAGAAGAAUCUUUUUUUUUGAAAGACUCAAAUGAUUGCACGAGACUCUAAAAUUAGGUGUCAAGUUAUCUAAGAAUGGAAAUGGUCUUAUGCUCGAACAAUAUUAUUUAUUGGUUUUAAAAAACUAGGGUUUUGUCUAGGUUUUCUAUUUUUUGUCAUCGUAUUCAUAAAUCACGGUAAUGUUUUCUAUUUAAGAAGCCGUUAAACUAUUUUAUAGGAUAGUUUUUGAUGUUUUAAUAGACAAAUAUUUAUUUUAAGCUUUUAUUGUUCUUGAUUGAACUAAAUUUAUUAAAAUAGGAAGCUGAUCUUAAGUCAGUAUUGCAAUUUUCAAACUAGAAUUGCCUAAUCUCUUAGGUAAAAAAAUUAUGCCUAUCGAAUUGGUCAUCUGAUUAUUUUUAUGUACUUUUAUAUGGUUUUUGAGAUUUUUAACUCAUUUUUUUUCAAAAUAUAAUAUUAAGUUCUACUAAUUCAUUAAUUGUAUUAUUAUACAUAGGGUAUAUGAUAGUUCACGUUUUUUAUCAUAUAAUAUUAUAAAAUAUAUACGAAUAGUAUGGUGAGUAGUAAUGGAUAGCGUGAUGCCAUUGUUCGUAAUCAUGGAAGAUAUUGUAGAGAUAAUGGAUAGCGUGAUGCCAUCGUUCGUAAUCGUGGAUGCUAUUGUAGAGAAUAUAAGCCUUGGAGUUGCUCUUAGAAGCUACUCAAAAAAAUUAUAUAUCUCAUAUACACAUAUUUAGUAAAACUUAAUAAUAUACUAAGUAAAAUUUAAUGAAAUAUAAAGUAAAAAUUAAUGAUAUAUUAUAAAUAUAGUAAUGUGACUCAUAUGUACAUCUCAUAUACACAUAUUAAGAAAAAAAUCAAUGUUUUAUUAUAAAUAUAUAAUUACUUACAAACUAAAGAAUUUUCUAAGAAUCUCAGCUAUUGUAUUUUAAGAAAUUAAUUAUUCUAUAUAAUUAUUUUCUUAAGAUUUAAGAUUUGUUACCAUUAAUUAGUCCAGAAUGCAUACAAAUCUAAAAUGACUAUUUUUAUAAGGUAAAAUAUCUCAAUUUAUAUAUAUAUAUAUAUAAUAUUUUAAUAAAUACAUUCAGAACACCUCUAAAGUUUAAACCAAUAUUAAUUUAAUAAAAUUAAUGAUUUUCACUAGAUAUAUCGUAAAGUAAUGACUCUCAAUUAAUAAAAUUGUAUGAAAAUAGGUGCAUUUAUUUAUCAAAUAAAAAGAAAAAUCUUUUAAAAGUUAUCUUUUAGAAACCAAAAAUUUAUUUUUAAAAAUGAAAAAGUAUUGAACCGCAAAGAAUAAAACAUUUUGCGGGAAACAAAGAUCACCCACUAGUAUAUAUAUGUGUACUAGGUAUUUUCCUACACCAUAUGCAGCGUUAAAAUUUUUAAAUAAAAUUUUGUUACAAGUUUAGAUUUUAUUAAUUGUAUAAAAAUAUUUUUAUAUAAAUAUUAAUUUACUUGAACAUAAAAUUAAGAUAAAUAAAUAAUUUUAUUUAUUUAAAAUUAUAUUUAGUAGAAGUCCUUCACCAUGAAGAUUGUAUGCUUUCAUUUUCACUCAACAAUGAAAGUUAAACUAAACCGAUUCCAAUAUCUUUUUCCUUAUGUCAAAAGAUUUGAUUUGAUAUUCAGAACUUGAUUACUUUGACUAUAUUACUAGAUUGAUAGCCAAAACUACUCAAAAUAGGUUAGAUUGAUUUUCAGUUAUUUCUUUGGGUUAAGAUAUAUUAAAUUAACUUGUAUAAUUUUUAUAAAAAAUAGAUAUAAUUUUUUUAUAAUUAUCAAAAUAUGAAACUAGACAGAAUUUCUAAAAUUUGUAGAUAUCAAAAGAAAACAAAUGAUAUUACGAUUAAAUAUUGAUAAUUUUUUUAAAAAAUAUUGUAUAUAAUUUUGAAAAUCUUGAUUAAUAAUAAAUUUUUUUUUUAUAAUUAUCAAAAUAUAAAACUAAACAGAAUUUCUAAAAUUUAUAGAUAUCAAAAGGAAACAAAUGAUAUUACGAUUUAAUAUUUAUAAUUUAAAAAAAUAUUGUUUAAAUGUUGAAAAUCUUGUUUAGUAAGAAAAGUUGUAUGAUUGUAAAAGCAUACUUAAAUAAUAUUUCAAAAUUUGUAAAAUAUUAUAUAUUUCUAUUCUUAUAUUAUUUAUUGACAUAUUUGAAUUUAUUUGAUUCAAUGAUGACGUGUGAAUUAUUACCAUAUUUUGAAAAAUUUAGAAAAAUUAGAAAUGAACAUUAAAUGUAGUUGACCAUGUCAUUUUCAUUUUUUCUAGUAUAUCAUAUCAAAUUUUUGUUUAGUGAAAGUGAUUAUAGAGAUGAUAUGUGUUAAAUCAACUUCACAAAUAAUGCCUACAAAAUUUUGGUGAGAAAAUUUCAUCAUCUCAGAAAUUAGAAACGUGUAGUGAUAAAAAUUCACCACAAUCUCUCUGGCCUCAAUAGCUAAUCUUUAAAAACCCUUACUUAUUCUCCUCUCCUUUUCGAUUCGAUUUUUAUGUUCAUGGAUGCAGCCAGAGUGAAACCUGCUCGUUCCACCAACCCACCGAGCGAAGUUGAUCGGCUAAGCAGUUUGCCAGAUUGCUUGAUUUUACAGAUAUUCUUAAAUCUUCCGACCAAAGAUGUGGUUCAGACUAGUGCGUUGUCCACCAGAUGGACAACUCUCUGGAAAGACGUACCUGGUCUGGAUUUGGACGCCGAUGAUUUCUAUAUACGCGAAACAUUCGUGAGUUUUGUCGAUAACUUUCUUGAACGCAACUACGGUUUGUCCAUACAUCGGUUUAAGUUAAAGUAUGAUUCUUUUUACUUUGAAGAGCCUGCUGGUCUUAUCAACGGCUGGGUCGACACUGCUGCUAGGCUUAAAGUUCAACAUCUCGAUGUUUCGCACAGUUUUUCCGAAUGGGAUCCCAUGAUGAAUCCAACAGUACUUUACACUUGUAGUAACUUGGUGUCCCUAAGGCUCGUGGGAAUGGGCUUACCGAAUCCCGAGCGUGUUUCUUUACCUUCUCUCAAAACAUUGGUUUUAAUCCUCAUUGAUUUUACCAACAAAUGGGCAUUAGAGAAUUUAAUCUCAAAAUGCCCAGUUCUUGAAAACUUUUGUUUUGAGAGAAGCUACGAUGAUGGAAUACCGAUUUUACGUGUGCAUUCUAAGUCUCUGUUGACCUUCAUGCAUGAUGCGGGUUAUCACGAGGAUUAUGAUGAGGAAGAUCGUUUUGUUGAAAUUGAUGCUCCCAUGCUUAAGUGUCUGAAGAUCAGUGAUGAUAGAACUUCAAGUUUCAUAAUAAAGAGUCCACCUUCCGUUGUAGAAGCUGAUAUAGAUACUGUGUUUAACUUGACUUCUGAAAGGAGUCUAGGAAUUGCAAAUGAAGUACAAAAGAGAGAGAUGGUUCGUGAUUUUCUCGUUGGGAUCUCUAAGGUCAAGGAUAUGAGCAUCUCCUCAAGUGCUCUCGAGGUACCUAUAUAUGUUUUAACUUCUAAGUCACUAUUGGAAUAUUAAAUUUUCUUGAUUUUCAACUUUAAACCAAUUGUAUAUUUCUCUCAUUUAUUUUAGAAUUUUCACAUAUAUUAAAAGUAUCUUUAUUUUAACUAUAAAUAUAUUAUUUUCUGUUAUUAACUAUUUCUCAUAAUUUUUAACCAAUCAAAAUUCAAUAAACAUAAUUAUAUUUCUUCGAAAUCAAUCGAUGUAAUACUUCAUUUAUUAACACUAAUACCUUUUUUGUUGAUGUUGUUCUUGUAGGUCAUAUAUGAUUAUGCAAGAUAUGUACCACUACCGGUAUUUCGUAACCUAUAUACCUUGUGUGUCAGGUUCAACAGCUACAUGUGGGAGAUGUUGCCAGUCUUUCUUGAAGUCUGUCCAAAUCUAAAAACUCUUGUCAUGGUGAGGAUUAUCUAACCAACUCAUGAACUUGUGAGUAAAUUAUUCUUAAACUUGUGUUUGUAUUGUACAUGCAGGGAACUUCUGAAAAUCCCAAGAUGGUGGACCUUACUGUUAUUGCCAGGCCUUGGAAUCUGUUAUCAUCUCUAGAGCAUGUUGACAUAGAAAGGCCAUUGAAAGGGGAGGCGUUGGAGAUGGCACUAGUGGGUUACUUACUCGAGAACUCACCAAACCUCAAGAAACUAUCAUUAAGUUUGCAUGAUUCCCUAAAGAAAGGAAAAUCUGUCCACAAGCUAACAUUAAGCUUGGAUGAUGCCCCAAAGAAAGAAGAAUCUGAUGUCUUCAUAGAACUCCUUAACUUUCCGAGACUCUCUAGCUCAUGCCAAAUUAUUGUACGAUGAUCCUCAUAGUCAUCACCAAUGGACAUAUAAGUUUGUCUUUGAUAACUAUUUGUUGCUUCUUAGUUUAUUAUGACAUUGGAGUGUUGAAGUUUGUAUGAUAAUUAUAGUAUUUAUCAUAUUUAUGACUCAAAUAAGUAUUUGAUUUAUCGUAGCUAAAGGCAUAUAUGCUUUGGAAUUUGUUUAGAUGGUUUUGUGCUUCCUUCUUUUGUCUUGCAUGGCUAUAUAUAAUUUUUUUUGUAUUAAACAAAACAAUUGGUACCAAUAUGAUAAACAAUUGUUUUAAAAACCACAAAAAACAUUUCUGGAAGCACAUUUUUACCUCCAAAAAUCACCUUUUUAUUAGACGGAGUAAUAUCUCAUCAAGCUUCUGAUUACAUUUCAAUUCAUUAAGAAUAAGAAAAUGAAAAAAAAAACAAGAAAAAAA